AUGCACAUAAAAACCCCCCAAUCAGCCCUCCUCUCAAACCACGAGCUCCACCUGCACCUCCUCGCCGAAUCCACCCUCUACCACCCCUCCACCUCCUCAAAUUCAAAGCCCACCCCCGCCCCCCCAGGACUAACCCACACCCUCCGCGACGGCCUAGCCUACCUCUCGCACCCCUCCCCCUUCUCCCCGCCCUCCUCCGCAAACCUAACCACCACACACCCAAACCGCCCGAAAACCCUGUACAAGGGGCCGCAUAGCUUGUUCCGCGCGCUUGCCCCGAAAUACCGUCUGAAUAAGGCGGAGUAUUUGCAGAUUUAUAAUCUGCGGCCCCGCACGGCGCUCGUGCUGGAAUUGGUUGUUGAGGAGGCAUCAACACGUUUCUCCGACGCAGAAAUGGCGGAUAUACUAUCUAUUUCGCAACGCGUGUUUGAUGAGGAGGAGGGGGGGAUUCCGGAGGGGGUCGAGGAUGUGCAGAUGGAGAGGGUGGGGAAUAAGUUGUUGGGUGCUGGGGGGGGGAGGAGGAAGGGGAGGGCGAAAAAUGGGCGGAAGUAA